AUGCCGGCCCCCAAGUCGUCAAGGAGGGCGAGAUACAGCUCUCGCCCUUUCCUUAUAUCCACAUGUAUCAUCACCCUGCUGGCAGCAUACUCCAUCUUUCUGAGGCCACAUCUGUCAGCCGCCGUUGACACUGCGCCUCCGCUUCUGCGGCCGAGGUCGACCAACGAGGAGUGUCGCCUCGUACAUCAAGCACAGGACAAGUGCGCCUUUGUCAGAGAGAACUGUGGAGAUGAAGAGGCAGGGCUGCUGUCUUACCUCACCUUCUACUACUGCACCCUUGGCAAGGCGCGGCCUGUCGCUUUCGUUUUCCUCGUCUCCUGGCUCGGCCUGCUCUUCACCACCAUUGGCAUAGCUGCCAGCGACUUCUUCAGCGUCAACCUGAGCACCAUUGCCAGCAUUCUCGGCCUGAGUGAGAGCUUGGCCGGUGUCACUUUUCUGGCCUUUGGCAAUGGCUCUCCCGAUGUGUUCAGCACGUUCGCUGCCAUGGGCUCUAACAGCGGCAGCAUGGCCGUGGGCGAGCUCAUCGGUGCUGCCGGCUUCAUCACGUCGGUUGUCGCUGGCUCUAUGGCCUUGGUGCGCGAGUUCAAGGUCAGUAAGAAGACGUUUGUUCGCGACAUCUGCUUCUUCAUCGUCUCGGUCAGCUUCGCCAUGGUCUUUCUUGCCGACGGCGAGCUGCACCUGUGGGAGUGCUGCGUCAUGAUCGGCUUCUACGUCUUCUAUGUUGUGGUGGUCGUCGGCUGGCACUGGCUUGCGACAAGACGGCGAAGGCGCCGCGAGAAGGAAGCUGCCUCUCGGAGCCAUUUCUACAAUGUAGAUGGCGAAGGUGCCGAUGCUCUGGAGCCGUAUCAGGACGAGCCCGACGAGGACGACACCACGCCAAUGGGUCGCAGGCAGAGUGCCGCUGCUGAGGAUAUUAGUGCCUUGGAGCGGGGGCCGAGGAUCGAGAUCAACGAUGGCGACGGAGCUCAGGACGAAGAGGAAGAAGACGAACGUGAACGACAUGUCGCGGCUGAGAUGACGAGUAGCAUGCGCGUCAACCGGCCGCGUGGUCGGCGAAGCAAUACCACGAUCACGCCUAUUAGGCCAAGCCUCGUCGGAGUGCUCGAAUUCCGGUCGAUCUUGUCUUCGCUCCAAAAGUCAGGCAAUGUGCAUCUCGGUCCUGUUCAUAGCCGGAGCCACUCGGAAUAUCGAGUCGACCCUGCGGCUCCCCUGGAUCGGUCCGCGCUCUCGCUUGGCUCGGUCGCUGAAGGCGAGCUAUAUCCGCCAACCGACACCCAUACAGGCCGCGAUCGGGCACUGUCUUCGGGCGAUAUGCCUUUGAACCUUCCUCACGAUGGUCGCGCACCUCCGACUCUUGCCACCUACAACCUCGGGAUAGGUGAUAGCACAGCAUCUGGCCUUAGCCCGGCCGCACUGUCGCCCAGAGAUACGUCCCAGAUCGCAGGUCAUGACCACCAGCAAGGAUCUCAUUUACUUCCGGGUGCUCCUUUCCAGCAUCCCAAGGACAUUGCGCCAUCCCCUUCACCCCUUUCGCUUCAGAUCCCUAGUCCUGCUACACAGUCACCGCACUCAUCACCAUCCUUAUCGCCAUUCCCUGGUUUGUCAGAGUCUCCGUUGCCUAUAACACCAUCUGUCCACCCCCAUGGACGCACCCAGAGCUUCAUGCUGCCCACUCCCGACGUGGGGAAUCAAGCGCCAUUCUUUGGGGAUGCCGCUGUGCACAAGCCCGUGCGAUGGUGGCCGUACAAUAUUCUGCCUCCACCGCAUGUGCUCAUGAGUACCAUCUUCCCGACGCUGCAAGGCUGGAAGGAGAAAAGUAUCUGGGACAAAUUUAUCAGUAUUGUCUCGGUACCCAGUAUCUUCCUGCUCGUUACAACUCUUCCUGUAGUCGAGGCAGAAGCCGACGAUGACGAUGAAUCUAGCGAGGACGCCAUCGUUGACCCUCCAGAGCGAGGGGAACCUGGCGCCAUGGCCCCUCCGAUCUCUAUCGAGGAAGACGCUUCUUUGCAGCCGGAGACGGAGUGGCAGCGCUAUCGGCGGAGCACACGUUCCGCAUCAACCGCUGCCAGCUUGCGAUCUUCGUCGCCGCAUGCAGCCACGGACGGCGUGCGUGUCAGUCUGGCCGGUGGUAGCAGCGAAAGACAACCACUACUCGUUGAGCAACCGUCUAAGCCAACCCCUACAGCCCCAUCUGAUAUUGGAACAGGCGAAGCCGAGCCUGGAUGGAACAGAUGGCUCGUCGUGUUACAAGUUUUCACGGGCCCGCUCUUCACUGUUUUCAUCGUAUGGGCCAACAUGAUGGAAAACCUUGAGCACCCCAAGAUGACACUCUUUAAAUUGGUCCUGUGCUCUCUUGUAGGUUCACUGGUGGUCUUGGCAUUCUUGCUUGCCGCUACAAGUCCCGAUCGGAAGCCAAAGUACCAUUUUCUGCUUUGCUUCUUGGGCUUCAUUAUCAGCAUUGCAUGGAUCUCUACCGUGGCAGGAGAGGUGGUUGGUGUCCUCAAGGCAUUUGGCGUCAUUCUGGGCAUCUCAGAAGCCAUCCUCGGCUUGACCAUCUUUGCCGUGGGUAACUCUGUGGGAGACUUGGUCGCCGACAUAACGGUGGCGCGGUUGGGUUACCCAGUUAUGGCAUUAUCUGCCUGCUUCGGCGGUCCUUUGUUAAACAUCCUUCUGGGUGUCGGUCUCGGCGGCGCGUGGAUGACGCUGCAGUCUGCUAACCACAAGCACGAGAAGCAUCCCAAGAAGCCUCUGCAUUACAAGCCGUACCAUAUCCAGGUCGGCGGCACGCUGAUGAUCUCUGCCGUCACGGUGCUCGUCACGCUCGUUUUUCUGUUGGUGAUCGUGCCGACCAACAAGUGGAUCAUGACACGCAAGAUCGGUCUGAGCUUGAUCGUCAUAUGGACAGUCAGCACCAUCAUCAACGUUGUAGUGGAGAUGACUGGUCUUUGGGCAGCCGUGGACUAA